AUGCUGGACAGCUUUGCGUGGGACGAGGCUUCCAAGGAGACCCGGAACUUCCGCACCUUCGAGGAGAUGGACAAGCUGCUCCAGGAGGGCGCCGCCACCGUGGACGCCCAGGAAGCCGCCAAGAAGAAGCGCCGCGCCCAGAGCCAGCAUUCUCUUCCCUCGGAAGCGAGCUGCUUGCAAAGAAUUGUGAACCAUCCCUGGUUCGACAUCUUCUUCGCCGUCGUAGUCGUCACCAACUCAGUCUUCGUGGGGGUGGAGGUGAGUAGCAGUGUGGCGGGAGAGGAGCCGUUAGCCAUCCAGGUUUUCCAGUACGCGUACACCGUCAUCUUCACCGUAGAGCUGGCUCUGCGGAUCUUGGCGAAUGGGAGGCGCUUCAUCCUCUCGGAGGAAUGGAUGUGGAAUUGGAUGGACAUCUUCAUCGUGCUCACGAGUCUCUGGGAGCUGGCGGUGGAGCUGGCCACCACGGACGAGACCUCGGGCAGCUCCAUCCAGUUCACAGGGCUCAAGGCGCUGCGCUUGGUGCGGAUCACGCGCAUCGUGAAGGUGGCGCGCUUGGCGCGGGUACUGCGCUUCGUCAUGGCCCUGAGGACGCUGAUCUCCUCCAUCAUCUACACGCUGAAGUCCCUGAUCUGGGCCAUGGUUUUGCUGGGCCUCAUCGUCUACGUCUUCGCGGUGCUCUUCACGCAGGCGGUGGGCGACGCGCUGCUCUUCGGGGAGCAGCUGCCGUUGGAGCAGCGCCAGGCGAGCGAGAGGUACUUCGGCACGCUCGAGGAGACCAUGCUCAGCCUCUUCAUGUGCAUCGCCGGAGGGGUGAGCUGGGAAGAGGUGGUGCGCCCUCUCAAG